ACAGUAUCUACCUCCACACCUCGUCUUUUGACGUGACUCUUGACGUGCCUUUUAACUUCACGACUCCCGUAGAGUCAAAGCACAUCAUGAGUCACUCACCCAUUACACCACUCACUAUGAAUUUCAGCGAACGCGUAAAGGCUGCCGCCGACGCAGAACGCCGCAAGAGACAAGAAGCGGCCAGGGUGAAAGCUGAACUUGGUGAAGGCCACCAGCGUAUCAUGCGAACAGAGAACAACCCGAGAAUUAUACCGCAAACAUAUAUGCCUAUCCUACCACCAUCCAAUGGACUAGAAGAGAGAAAGCGGAAGAGAUCGAACUCGGGAAGCAAUCCUUCUCCUAACGAUGUAUCUGGUGACCCAACAUGCGCACCACCCUUGCCAAAGAAACCCAUGCCAUCUUCUAACACCAGCACCAAUCCCGUCACCAAUCCUCUCACCAACCCCGUCGCCGAUCCUGUCACCAGUCCUGUCACCAAUCCUGUCACCAACCCCGUCACCAAUUCUGUCACCAAUCCCGUCGUCGAUCCUGUCAAGCCCGAUAUCAAGAUCAAAGACGAGGAGCCAGACACUCCACUAAGUUUUGCCCCAGCUAAGCAAUCGCGAGCUAAAGGAAAGACUAUCUACAAACGAAAGGAGACAGUGGACACGCGGAAGAAAGCCUCCGAAUGGUAUUUAAAUGUCAACACGAACCAGAAGUUUCCUCGAGGCGAUAAGGCAACACUAGAAUAUGUCAAGAACCUCAUAAAGAACUGCAUAGAUGCUGCUAAGAACAACGGAGAUACAGAGCGGUGGUUUUCAGAAUUACGGACGAGACUUCAUGAAAUGGAGUUCUACCCAUUCUUGACCGGAGUACUCGUCAAGAAAUCGAAGGUGCUUGAGCCGGAGGGUCUCUCGCAGAUAUUUGACGGACCAGACAAAGAUAUAUUCCCAUGGGAUUUAGCAGCAGAUGCCGAAGCUUUAUGGCAGCGGUGGAUGGACGGAGACCUAGAUGGACAUCUACUUCGAGGGAUAUCUACUACACGAGGAGUCCUAGAGUCAGGAUCAAAGCGUACGUGGCAUAAACUCGAUAAAGAUUACAUGAAGAGAAGAUCUCCGAAUGUUAUCGGCUCAAAUAACCUGAUCAAUGGUCAGUGGUGGCCUUCGCGGAUUUGUGCUCUAAGAGACGGCGCACACGGAGAACAAGAAGCAGGUAUUCACGGGCAAACGGGUCAGGGUGCGUUUUCAGUAGUCGUCUCCGCAGGUGGCUAUGCCGACAAGGACCAUGGCGAGACAAUUGAAUACUGCGGCACCAAGAGCGAGACUUCAAAGCCAACCAAGGGCACUAUGUUACUAGAAGAAUCAUACAGAAAGAAACAACCACUUCGAGUGCUCCGGGCUGCAAACAAGAACUCCAAAUAUGCACCGAAGGAAGGUGUGCGGUAUGAUGGCCUGUACGAGAUCGUCGACAAGGAAAUCUUAGAUCCAAAGGUGGCUAUGAUUCGCUUUUCGUUGAAGAGAAUCAAGGGACAGGAUCCCAUUAGGUAUAAAGGAGUCGAGGCUAGACCUAACGCGCAGGAACUAAAACAAAGGAUGAAUAUUCGGAAGGACCUUGAAUAAUAAGCGAUGGGAUUGAGAUUCUGCUUGGGCUUUUGCUUGCAGUUUUACUUGGGCUUUGGGGUUCGGCGCUAGAGAUACCCAGAUAUAGAUGACAUUGCUUUUGUGCAGUACUUGGCAAGUGUAGCAUUAGGGGGUUUCGCUUCCCAAUUCCGCAAGGUACAGACAUUGACGCCGUUGAGCAAGGAAACCUUCAACCAAACAGAAGAUCUGAGGGUUCAGGGGAAGGAAAGAUAAGGUAGAUAGCUUUGGCCAAUAAUCAACAUUGGAAACCUUUAAACGAGCUCAAUCUAGCUAUUAUUGCAGGC